AUGACAGCACUUCUCAUGAAAUCGUUGUCAAUGUUUUGUCAAUCUCAAACAUCUCCAUUUACAUUAGGCCUCGUUUACACAAAUCGUGUUAUUGUUGACAAUGAAGAAAGAAGAGAUUAUCGUCCUCAUAAAUUUGUGUUGCUGCUUCAUUGGUUGAUUAACUUUAUAAAUGAGGUGUUAGCUGUUGUAAAUACUGUCAUAUCAUUGAAUUGUGAAGGUAUUUCAGCAAAUUGUAAAUUAACUUCUAAAAUACACUUGGUCAACAAGUAA